CAAGAUUUCCGUCGAAAAAACAAAUCAUUUUUCGUUUCACAUUUUCUCUCUCCUCUAAUUCUCUCGCUCUCUCAAAAAACUCACUCACUUCUCUUACAAUCUCUUCAUCCUAUCUUCAAUCAAAUUCAUCAACUUUGAUGAAUUCAAUUUUCUCUCUCCUCACUUCAAACCCUAAUUAUUCAUUCAUUUCUUCAUCUUCUUCAAUCAUUCUGAAAAUCAAAGAAUCCUGUUGAGUUUUUUAAUUGUAUUUUUUUGAGCUUCCUCAUUUUCCCCCAAAUUCGGGAGAAAACCCUAACCCUAACCCUAGAACUAUCGACUUUACGCGAUGGCAGCCGCGAACGGGAAGCCAUCGACGAACCCGUACCAAAUCAAUUUGGAGAACUUUUCGAAGAGAUUGAAAGCACUGUACUCGAAUUGGAGAGAGAAUAAGUCAGAUUUAUGGGGAGAUUCCGAGGCAUUAGCAAUUGCGACGCCUCCUGCAUCGGAAGAUUUGCGGUAUUUGAAAUCUUCGGCGCUUAAUAUAUGGCUUUUAGGUUAUGAAUUUCCGGAAACUGUUAUGGUAUUCACUAGGAAGCAGAUUCAUUUCCUUUGUAGCCAGAAGAAGGCGUCGUUAUUGGAGGUUGUGAAGAAAGCGGCGAAGGAGGCGGUAGGGGUUGAUGUGUUGAUGCAUGUUAAAGGGAAAAAUGAAGAUGGUUCUUCGCAAAUGGAGACGAUUGUGAAGAGUGUUCGUUCGAUGGAGGACGAGCCGGUUAUCGGGUACUUGUCGAAGGAAGCUCCUGAAGGGAAGUUAUUGGAAAUGUGGGUGGAGAAGCUGAAGAAUUCGGAAAUGAAGCUGAGUGAUAUAACUAAUGGGUUGUCUGAUUUGUUUGCUAAGAAGGAUAGUGAGGAAUUGGUUAAUGUGAAGAAGGCGGCGUUCUUGACUGCUUCUGUGAUGAAGAGUCAUGUGGUUCCGAAGUUGGAGAAGGUAAUUGAUGAGGAGAAUAAGGUAGCGCAUUCGACGUUGAUGGAUGAUACUGAGAAGGUGAUUUUAGAGCCUGGGAGGAUUAAGGUUAAGUUGAAGGCAGAGAAUGUGGAUAUUUGUUAUCCUCCAAUUAUUCAGAGUGGAGGGCAGUUUGAUUUAAGGCCGAGUGCGUCGAGUAAUGAUGAACAUUUGUAUUAUGAUCCAGCUAGUGUGAUUAUCUGUGCCGUUGGAUCAAGGUAUAAUAGCUAUUGCUCUAAUGUCGCGAGGACGAUAUUGAUUGAUGCUAAUCCGAACCAGAGUGAGGCGUAUAAGGUUUUGCUGAAGGCCCAAGAAGCAGCCAUUGCUGCUUUAAAGCCUGGGAAUAAAGCUAGUGCUGUUUAUCAGGCUGCCCUUGCUGUAGUGGAGAAAGAGGCACCGGAACUGGUGGGGAACUUGACUAAGUCAGCGGGUACUGGUAUCGGUCUUGAGUUUAGGGAGUCGGGUUUGAGCUUGAAUGCGAAGAAUGAUAAAGUAUUGAAGCCAGGGAUGGUUUUUAAUGUUUCUUUAGGAUUUCAAGGCUUGAAGACUCAGGCUGUUAACCCGAAAAGCCAGAAUUUCGCCUUGCUUUUAGCUGAUACAGUUGUUAUUGGGGAGAAGGGUCCAGAAGUCACGACUUCAUUGAGUUCUAAGUCAUUGAAGGAUGUUGCUUACUCCUUCAACGAGGAGGAAGAAGAAGAAGAGCCUCCGAAGGCUAAGCGCAGGGUUUCUGAGACUGAAGCUGUUCCUUCAAAAACUACACUUAGGUCAGAUCAUGGAGAGAUUAACAGAGAAGAGCUGAGGAGGCAGCACCAAGCUGAACUUGCUCGUCAAAAGAAUGAAGAAACUGCCCGGCGACUUGCCGGUGGAGCUGCAGGGUCUGGAGAUAGCCGUUCAGUGUCAAGGUCUUCAUCUGAGUUGGUUGCUUACAAGAGUGUGAAUGAUCUCCCACAUCCCAAGGGUGAUUCAAUGAUGAUUCAGGUUGAUCAGAAGAAUGAGGCUAUUUUGUUACCCAUUUACGGAAGCAUGGUCCCUUUCCACAUUGCCACUGUGAAGACAAUUACCAGUCAGUCAGAUACCAACCGCAAUUGUUAUAUCAGGAUAAUUUUCAAUGUUCCAGGCACACCAUUCAGUCCACAUGAUGCUAAUUCCUUGAAGAAUCAAGGGGCAAUAUAUGUGAAGGAAGUUUCAUUCCGUUCGAAAGACCCCAGGCAUGUGAAUGAAGUGGUAACACAGAUAAAGGCACUCCGGAGGCAGGUUGCUGCGAGGGAGUCUGAGAGGGCUGAGAGAGCUACCUUGGUUACUCAAGAGAAACUUGUGGUUGCUACUAAUAGAUCCAAACCUGUAAGACUGCCUGACCUAUCGGUCCGUCCUGCUUUUAGUGGCCGUGGAAGAAAGCUACCUGGUACUUUAGAAGCACAUGUGAAUGGAUUUCGCUUUUCCACCUCCAGGCCGGACGAGCGCGUUGAUAUCAUGUUUGCCAAUAUCAAGCAUGCAUUUUUCCAGCCUGCAGAAAAUGAGAUGAUAACUCUUCUUCAUUUCCAUCUUCAUAAUCACAUAAUGGUGGGGAACAAAAAAACCAAGGAUGUGCAAUUCUAUGUUGAAGUCAUGGAAGUGGUCCAAACCCUUGGUGGUGGGAGGAGAUCUGCCUAUGAUCCUGAUGAGAUCGAAGAGGAGCAGCGAGAAAGAGACAGAAAAAACAAAAUUAACAUGAAUUUCCAAAAUUUUGUUACCAGGGUUAAUGAAAUUUGGGGAAUGCCACAGUUUAAAGAUCUUGACUUGGAGUUUGAUAUGCCUUUGAGGGAGCUUGGAUUCCAUGGUGUACCUUAUAAAGCUUCUGCUUUCAUUGUCCCCACUUCGAGCUGUCUUGUUGAGCUGGUUGAGUUACCCUUCCUUGUCAUCACCCUGGGUGAGAUUGAGAUAGUUAACCUGGAGAGGGUGGGCUUUGGGCAGAAGAACUUUGAUAUGACAAUCAUAUUCAAGGAUUUUAAGAAAGAUGUGUUUCGAAUUGAUUCUAUUCCCACUACUUCUUUGGAGAGCAUCAAAGAAUGGCUAGACACAACUGAUAUCAAAUAUUAUGAGAGCAGAUUGAAUCUGCACUGGCGUGCCAUUUUAAAGACCAUCACUGAUGACCCAAAGAAAUUUAUAGAAGAUGGAGGGUGGGAAUUCUUGAAUAUGGAUGCAAGUGAUUCUGAAACCGAUGAGGAAGAGUCUGAUAAAGGUUAUGAGCCAUCAGAUGUCGAGGCUGAGUCAGAGUCAGAAGAUGAUGCCUCUGAAAGUGAAUCCUUGGUGGAGUCUGAUGAGGAUGAAGAGGAAGAGGAUGAAGAGGAAGAGGAGGAAGAGGAAGGCAAGACUUGGGAAGAGCUAGAGAGAGAAGCAAGCAAUGCAGACCGUGAAAGGGGAGAUGAAUCUGACAGCGAGGAAGAGAGACGUAAAAGAAAGAUGAAGGCUUUUGGGAAGUCUCGACCAGGUCCUAGUAGCAGCAGCUUGCCUAAGCGUCCCAAGCCGAGGAGGUAGAUAGGUUGGCAGAUCGAUCCAUUGUGUCGGUAUGUUCUGGUUUUUUGGUCAGUUGAUGCAGGUCUUAGAUAGGUGCUUCAUUUUUAUUCCGCUCUUCUACGUCUGGUGGGUUUCAUUUAGUUCCUUUUGUUCUUGUUUUUCUUUUAUGGGUGUGCGUUUUAGAAUGUUCAUCCUAGAAAUGAUAGAACUUUUACGUGUAAAACUGUGGAUUUAGUUUUGUUGAAGUUAAUCUCUUCUCUAAUCUAGCAUAGUUUUCUCUACUUCUGUUAGUGGUGGUCUUCUAUUGUGAAGAAGAUAUUCCCCUAUGUUAAUAUCCUUUUUAUAAACUUUGCUUUGCUGGUGCGUA